GGAGUUGGGUGUGCCACGGGAUUGUGGAAUGUUCCGUCAUGCACUUCAUUCUGUCAUGAACAUGAGCAGAUCUAAGUGUGAUGCUACCUUUGCAACCUUUAAGAGCUUUGGUUGGUCCCAGCCAGACAUCGUUGCCAUACUCAGGAAGAAACCAACUGUUUGGACACUCUCAAAGAAUAACAUAUCUGACAAGAUGACAUUCCUGAUGAAGGAAGCUGGUUGUGAGCUGCAGUAUAUCAUUCGCCAUUCUGGUAUUCUUUCAUAUAGCUUGGAGAAGAGGUUGAGACCUCGUCAUGAUGUUAUAAAUUUUCUUGAGCAGAAUAAAUUGCUAGAUAAAGGACAAGGCCUUGCAUAUGUCAUGCGACUAACUGAGCAGAAGUUCAUGAACAAAUUUCUUUUCCCGUACAAGGAGAAAUUUACUGCUCUCUAUAAUUCCUAUGUUGCUGCUGUGCAGGUAAAGCACCAUGUUGUCGCUGAAAAUUAGGAUUGCAAGUGCUUCCCCGAGUCAAUGUGUAAACCUGUUGCAUCCUGACUGCACUAUUUAAUCAUCUUAAAUUUGUGACAAUUUAUAUUCUUCA